CGCUAUCGUGACUGUGUCCGGCAUUACUAAUGGGCCAUUGCCAUGGGCCAUUGCCCAUUAGCCGUAGAGCCCGUAGAGGACUUGCAGCCCCGAUAAAAACCAAUUUUUGCCGUUUUAUUUAUAAGCUAAAAAAUAUUACGUCAAUGAGAUUGUGGUUUCUGAUCACUCCCGGCAACCAUUUAAUAUCUUAUCACAGAUUAUAUAAAAUAAUGAUUAUUUUAUUAUAGUAUUAAAUUUACUAUGCUAUGCUUCUGUGGUUCAAGCAUUCGAUAUUUUAAUCUUAAUAAUAACUCGUAAUAAAAUUUUCAGUUAAACUGUUCACUGUUGUCAGUUGUGGUUUGUGACCUCUGAUUAACUACUAUUCAUCAACAUCAGCUGAAGACUGAAAGAUCUUAAUGAUGCACUUUGAAGUGAGAACAAACUUAGUUCUUGAGAUUAUCUCACAUGAAUUCCUGGACCUAGAAUUAAAGUCAUCAUAAUUUGAAAAUCCGUGCGGAUUAACAUAAUAUAGUACCUGCAAUCUAUUAACUUAAAAUGGAGAUGAACACAGCUUACAAUGUAAAUAUAAUUAGCCAAAUUGACAAAGAAUGUGGAUUAUUUGUUGCUGUAGAAAGAUUUAAUAGUGGUUCAACUGAAUACUUCCAAAACUAUUAUAAACAACUUAUAUGUUUUAACGAUUGUACAGACUGGUUUCAAAAAUUUGACUAUCCUAUUAUUGAAUUUGGGAAGGUAGUAAUUGUUCAAGUUGACAAAAACCUCAGUUUGUGGGCGCGCGGUAUCAUAUCAAACUGCCAUAAUUAUAAUAACUUUUGUCCUGAAGUUUAUUUAAUCGACUCUCAGAGAUUUACCGACAAAGACAGCAUAUUUGAGUUGAGAACAUGUCCGCCCAAAUUUUUGCAGCUCAUACUUCCUACUUAUUAUAUUCAAAUAGAUCUUUGUUUGGAUGAUGAUGAUUUAAAAACUGCAAUCACAAUCUUGAUAAAGAAAAAUCAGUAUGGUGAAAUAAGUUUCAGUUUUACUCCUCAAUCUGUUAAAAAUAAUGUUUACUCAGGCGAAUUAGUUGUAUACAAUAAAGUGAAUAAUUUGUAUAUACCACUAAAAAAGUUAUUAAAAAAUGUUCGCUCAAAAAAAUUUUUUGAAGACAUUCCACUGUACCAAAAGCAUUAUUAUUCAAAUUUCAAUCCAAUGGAAUUACAAUACUUGAAAAAUAUUUUUAUACCUAAGGAACCAAGUAAUAUGGUAUUUUUAGAAAGUAAUCUAGUUUCAAGCUCCUGUGACUUAAGUAUUAUUGAUGAUUUAAAUACAAAUCUGUCUUAUAGUUCUGCCAAUGAAUUUUCCUCCACCUCCAACUACUCUGAAAAUAUUUGCUUUAGCGAUGAUUCAGAAAUAGAAACUCAAAAAUUAAAAAAUAGUUUUAAUAGUUCUAAUAGUAUUACUCCAAUAGCAAAACAAAAUGUUUACUCUACUAGUAGUUCUUUGAUGAGUAAAAGUGACUCUUCUCUGCUAUCAGCAAGUUCUAAUAACAAUAAUUGCAUUAUGUCAGAAAUAAAACAAUGUAAGAAUUUUACUGUAACAACUGCAACCAAAUUGAAGAAAGACACUGGAUGUCAGCAAAAUGAAAAGUCAACUUUAACACCUAAGGUAUUAGUAACACCUGAAAUACAUUCAAAAACAAUAACCAAUAUUCAACCUAUAAACAAUAAAAUGGACGAUUCAGUGAUAUGGUGGUCUGAUGAUGAUGAUGACGACAAAAGUUAAUAAAGUAAUAACUCAUUAAGUUAAUGAAAUACAAAAAUAAAUAAUUGUUUUUAAUCGAAUUUUAAUGCUUUUAACAUAAAUAAUUAUAAGAAAUUUUUUCUUUUUGUAACAUAUACUACAAAGAGUACCUACCAACCUAUUAAGGUUAUUAUUAUU